GUUACGUUAGGCCCUACAAACCUUUGUCCCGCCUCCUUGAAUAUGAUCGGUUCUCCCUCACCCACCUGUGGAAACUGGCAUGCCGUCUGCCGACCGGUGGCGUUGUAGUCAGCUGUUUGUUGCUUAGAUUCUUGAGAGUUCUCUGAAACCCGCAGUUCCGGGUUUUCGCUCCAUCACUGUUUUCUGGGCAGCGUUGUUUUGGAGGCUAGCUGAGCUGUCACAGUGCUCUGUCAAUAAUGGCUUUACUGUUAGAGCACCAGUUCAGACAGCUUCCAGCUGACAAGCAAGUGGAAACUCGGCCGUUUUUGGAAUCAGUGUCAUAUCUUCCGCCAUUCUUUGACCUCCUUGGCUCCACAGUGUUUGCGCCAAUCAAGGCUGAUAUUGCUGGCAACAUCACAAAAAUUAAAGCUGUGUACGACAGCAACCCAAGCAGAUACAAAACACUACAGCACAUUCUAGAUGCAGAGAAGGAGAUGCAUGGAUCUGAGUGGCCCAAAGUAGGAGCCACUCUAGCCCUCAUGUGGCUCAAAAGGGGUCUCCGGUUCAUCCAAGUUCUCCUGCAGAGUUUGGUAGAUGGGGAGAAAGACGAAAACUACCCUAACCUCAUCCGCGUCAAUGCCACCAAAGCCUAUGAGAUUGCCUUGAAGAAGUACCAUGGUUGGUUUGUUCAAAAGCUCUUCAAGGCAGCGCUGUAUGCUGCUCCCUACAAGUCAGACUUCUUGAGGGCUCUUUCAAAAGGCCGGGAAGUCAAAGAGGACGACUGCUUGGAGAAGGUGCGCCAGUUCCUGGCCAACUUCACUGCCACAGUGGACGCCAUUUAUGAGAUGUACUCGAAGAUGAAUGCUGAGCUGGAUUACACGGUGUGACUGCUGCUUUCUCCACCAGUCCCCCCAUCUCUCUCUUUCUCUUUCUCUGAUGCACAACACCAUCUGACCUUACAUAUCAAAUCAUGCUUUCAGUUUGCUCUGAAGACUGAUAUCUCUCAGUAUAGCUGUUUUUAUUCAUUAUUUUUAGUAUUAAUGAUAUUGGUGAGUGUGUUUGUGUG